AUGGGACAAACUGCAUCAUCACAGGCUGCUUCGGCGUCGCUUGCUUCGUCAUCUACUUCACCUGCCAAAUGUCCCGUGGACCAUACCGCUAUGAAGCCAGCCAACCCAGCACCCGCCAAAUGCCCUGUCGACCACGCCUCUAUGCCUACACCACCAGCUGCUGCAUCUGCACCUGCGAAAUGCCCAGUCGAUCACAACUCUGUCGACGCGCGCAACAAUAUGCCUACAUUGUCGCAGAUGCCUACAACGUCGCAGGAGUCGCUGCUACCUACCGAACGCGAGACCAGCAGUAUUCCGCGCGACGACGGCGAGCGCUGGGAGUACCCGUCACCACAACAGUUCCACAACGCAUUGGCACGGAAGGGAAUGGAGACACCGGAGGAGCACGUCGAGAUGAUGGUUCAGAUCCACAAUUUCUUGAAUGAGCGUGCAUGGGACGAGGUGUGCAAGUGGGAGGAGGACAAUGGCGUGCCGAAGAAUGGACUCCAGCUAGUGAAGUUCAAGGGUCGGCCAGGCGAACUGUCGCCGAAGGCACGGUUCCAACAGCUGGCGGCAUGGUUAUUGCCUGAGCGCUUCAGUUCUGAGCCACCAUUCGAUCGUCAUGAUUGGAUUGUUCGCAGACCAGGCUCGACGGAAGACGUGCGCUACGUGAUCGACUACUAUUCCGCACCACCAUUGCCCGAUGGCUCACCCGUCUUCUCGCUCGAUGUACGUCCCGCACUCGAUUCGCCCUGGUCCGUCUCUGCGCGCGCAAAGCGAGCGUGGCAAGAGUGGACUGCAGCAGAAGAGGCGGCGGCGCACGCUCACUAG